AUUCCUCCCUCUCUUCACUUCACUGUCUAUAUAAUUAUAUUCAUUCAUGUAAUCUUCCUAUUCCUCACUCCUCAGAGUCAUGGCGGAAGUAAACGUCGAUAUUGCUCAGCAAUCAAGCCAAGGCCAAAACUUGCCACUCCAAGAUCGAGUAGCCAUCGUUACCGGCUCUUCUCGUGGCAUCGGCAAAGCCAUCGCCCUUCAUUUAGCAUCUCUGGGUGCUAAGCUCGUCAUCAACUAUUCCUCCAACUCCACAAAAGCCGACGACGUCGUAUCCCAGAUCAAUUCCAUCUCCAAUUCCUCCUUACGUGCUAUCGCCGUCAAAGCCAACAUCUCUGACCCAGAUCAAGUCAAAUCCCUCUUCGACGCUGCAGAAUCGGCUUUUCAAUCGCCGGUCAACAUCUUAGUCAACUCCGCCGCCGUGCUCGACGCUAAAUACCCAUCAAUCCUAAACACAACGGUGGAGGACUUCGACAGGACCUUCGAAGUGAACGCACGUGGGGCUUUCAUAUGCUGCAAGGAAGGGGCGAGCAGAAUCAAGCGCGGCGGAGGGGGGAGGAUAAUAUGCUUAACGACAUCGUUAGCGGCGGCGUUCAAGCCUGGGUACGGGGCUUACACGGCGUCGAAGGCGGCGGUGGAAGCGAUGGUAAAGAUACUGGCGAAGGAGCUGAAAGGGACUGGAAUAACGGCGAAUUGCGUGGCGCCGGGACCCAUAGCAACGGAUAUGUUUUACAAUGGGAGAACAGAGGAGAUGAUAAAGAGGGUAAUUGAUGAAUGUCCAAAUGGAAGACUUGGACAGACGGAGGAUGUUGCGCCGGUUGUUGGGUUUUUGGCAGUGUAUGAUGGUUGUUCCUCCCUUAAUCAGAUAAUCAGAGGUUUCGAGUUUGAGCUUUGGGUAUGGAAAAAUUCUUGGCAGGGAACAGUACCCGAAUGGGGCUCUUCUCGGUACGAAUUCGAAUAUAAUCGGGCUCCAAUGCAGAUACCGGACACCAGACGGGAAACCAAAAAAAGAUAUCUGUCUGGUUUUAAUUUGUGUCAUUUUGUUUGGUUUUGAAUUAUUACAUAAAUGACUUAUUUGGAGUAUUAUAUAUGGUAAGAAAAUCAAAUCUUGAAACUAA